AUGCUUCCAACCGAGCAACACCGCCCCACAAGCCAAUCCUCCUCCUCCCCCAACCCCAUCGCCCGAGACCGCUACGGCUUCAAGAAAGCCUCUCAUCACAUCUCCGUCCAACAAUACGACGCUUGGAACGCCCUCUACACCGAGCACCUCUCCCGCCGCAGCAAAAAAUGGCACAUCCUCAUGAAAUCCUACGGCCUCAAUACGGAAAAUCCCUUCCGCUUCCCGCCCAAAAGCGACAAGAUCAAACGCUACGUCCGCAAAGGCAUCCCCGCCCACCUCCGCGGCGCGGCGUGGUAUUGGUACGCGGGCGGGCCCGGUCGGUUGGCAAAGCAGCCGGGGUUGUAUGCUGAGUUGCUGGAGCGGGUGGGAAGGGGUGCGCUGAGCGAUAAUGAUCGGGAGCAUAUUGAGCGGGAUCUUAACCGGACGUUCCCGGAUAAUGUGAGGUUCAAGCCGGAUGCGGCGAGUAUGUCGGACGUGCAGGCUGGAGCGGGCGGUGGGGAUGAGAAGAAGAAGAAACAGCGGCGGUCGGUUGGCGAGGCUGAGACGCCGAUCGUCAAGGCGUUGAGGCGGGUGUUGCAGGCGUUUGCCGUGCAUAACCCCGGGAUCGGGUACUGUCAGUCGCUCAACUUCAUCGCGGGACUACUCUUGCUGUUCCUGGACGAGGACGAAGAGAAAGCGUUCGUCUUGCUGGAGAUCGUGACGUCGGUCCACCUCCCCGGCACGCACGGGAUCGCGCUCGAGGGCGCAAAUAUCGACAUUGCCGUGCUCAUGUCCCUGCUCAAGGAUCUCCUCCCGCCCGUCUGGACGAAGCUGGACGACAAGGGCGGUGGAGUCGUCGGCGAUCCGGCCGCGCAGUCGCUCCGUCUGCCUACCGUCAGUCUCGCCACAACCGCGUGGUUCAUGUCGCUUUUCGUGGGGACGCUGCCCAUCGAGUCCGUGCUUCGUGUGUGGGACUGCCUGUUCUUCGAGGGCAGUAAGACGCUUUUCCGCAUCGCCCUUGCCAUCUUCAAAGCGGGCGAGCAUCAGAUUUUGGCGGUUAACGAUCCGAUGGAGAUUUUUCAGGUCGUGCAGGCGAUCCCGAGGCGAAUGUUGAAUGUGAAUGGGUUGAUGGAGGUCAGUUUCCGGAGGGGCAGGGGCAAUGGGUUUGGCGGGGUUAGUCAGAGUGAUAUUGAGCGGAGGCGGGAGGAGCGGCGGAAGCUGGUUCGAGAGGGGGUGGCGAGGACGCAGGGUGGGGCGAUGUUGAGGUGGAAGGGGAGGUGGAGGAGUAAGACGAGAGGGUAG